AGUGAGUCCAUGCCUGGGAGCCAUUAGGGCUUGGUGUGGCAAAGGGUUGAAGUUCGCAUGGCUUGACGACGAGCGUCUCACCAAUCGAGCAGUUGCCGGGAAGGGUUUUGUGUGUUCAGGAGGUCGCCGGGGCCAUCGCCAAUAUGCAGUCGGGUGUGAGGGCCGUGGAGGCUUACAGACGGGCGGUCCUCAUCGAUGGAGCCACCAGCGACAACGAUUCCGUUGCGCCAGUGUAUAAGCUGGAGGAGAUUUGCACUCUUAUGCGUACUUCGUCUUUAGACAUCGUGCGGGAGCUUGUAGAACGGAUCUUGAAGCGGAUGGACCAUAAGAGUCCUAUUGUGAAGCAGAAGGCAUUGAGACUUAUAAAAUUUGCUGCUGGAAAGGCAGGCGUAGAAUUUCGACGGGAAAUUCAACGACAAGCUCCAGCCGUUCGAAAUUUGUUGCACUACAGGGGGGCACCAGAUGCCUUGAAAGGAGAUGCUUUGAACAAGGCUGUGCGUGAGACUGCACAAGAGGCAUUAUCUGCCAUAUUUGCAUCCAAUGAUAAACCGCCUGCGGAAGAAGUGGGUAAGCGCAUGGAGGGAUUUGGGAGCACCAAUUUUGAUUCAUCAACUCGAGGAGUUAAAAAGUCGAUGUUGGAUGAUGUGAUGGGAUUUGGGAGUUCAACAAUUCGACAGAUGAGUGGAUUGGCCAGCAGUGGGAGCAGCGGGAACUAUGGUAAUUCAAGCUCUAGCUCCUACAGGGGACCCAAUUUAAGAAGAUCAUUGACUGAUAGAGAAAGUAAGUACAAUCCGUCAGAUUCUCAAGUAUCGACGUACUCCUUGAGUUCGAAUGAAACUUUUGAAUCUCGUGAUAGCAAGACAGAGAGCAGUGGGGGAGGUUCUCCACGUCAUGAAGGGAGGCCCAUGACGCAGGAAGAUCGAUUGGUCGAAGUAGUAACCACUCCAGGAGGUGUACGGCUGCAACCUAGCAGAGAGGUAGUUCAGAACUUUCUGACAGCUGCUGCUAAACUGGAUGGUGACAGACUUGGCUAUGCACUUCAAAGCAAGUUGCAAGCUCACGCAUGGCAGGCUCGUUUUAAAGCUAUGUGUAUCGUGGAAGCUAUUCUGCGGCAAGGAGACAGCAACGAUGUGCUUCAGAGAGUUGUAGGGAUGUUCCAAGAGGAUUCCAGUUGUAUUGUUGAAAAUUCACAAUCUCCACAGGCUUCCUUGAAGGAGAAAUCUAAGAAGGUUUUGGAGUUGCUUGGACUAGGAGGUUCAGAAGAGAGCCAACAUAAAUCAGGGUCCGGCCCUAAUCCACCGCCACUGGCUUCUCAACAAGCCGUGGUGUUGCCCGAUCUUAUGGAUGGUUGGGAUGCACCCGAAGGAGUUGAUGAUGUACAGAGCACUGGGAAGAUAUCUGAACAAGUAGAGGUUUUAAUCAAUGGUGGUGGUGGAUCCUCAGCAUCAGCUGCUGCUGAUGACUUAUUAGGAGGUUUUGGUUGGAAUGCUACAGCAAAACCACCAGUUGAGACUACGAGAGCAGAAGACCCUUUCGCAGGAUUAUCUUUGCACACCGCAAGUACCCCCAGCUCUGGCGAUGGUCUUUUCUCAGGACUUAGGGUAGACGCAGUUGAUAGCACUGCGGCAAAUGGAACCUCUGAUUAUACUGGUUUUUUCGAGGGUCUUACUAUUGGUGGGGACGAUUCAACCACUGCAAAGCAAGCCCAACCUUCUGCGGAGAGCUUGGUUGAUUUGUUUGGUGGCCUCUCGACCACAACUUCUGUUGAUCCAUUUCAGGAUUUAGCAUCCUCAUCUGCUUCCAAACCUUCUCUUGCAAACGGUACCAGUAAUCCCGGUCAGUUAGAUCCAUUAGCUUGGGGUAAUACUUCCAAGCAACUUGGCGGAAAUGGACAGAUUGAUUUAGGCCAAUUGGGAACGUCGUCUGUUGGAGGAGCCCUCCCGUCCCAGAUGAUGUAUAUGAAUCCAGCUUUAUUGAUGCAAAUGGCUGGUGGCACUAUGCAGCCUAAUAUGCCGCCACAAGGGUUCGCUCCUGGUCCUGCUUCUUUUGCAGGAAUGAGUCCUCUUAUGAUGCAACAGCAGUUGGCAGCGAACUUGGCAAGCAUGCAAGCUCUUGGAAUAGGAAUGAGCUUUCCAGCUGGAGCUGUUUCUCAAGGAAAUGGAGUUCCUACAAGUAGUUUCGGACAAAAUUACAAUGAUGGUUUUGAUUUCUCAAAUCCUUCAGGACCUAAAUAUUCAACAGAACCCAAAAAGGAAGAAACGAAGGCGUUUGACUGGUUAAAGCUAAGUUGAUUGGUAAGUGGGAAAGCCAAUCACAUGCCACUCUGUUUCUUCUUUGUCUGACUAGAAGUCAAUUCGACGAUUUGCCUUUCCAGUUGUGUAUGUCCAUCAGUUGGACACGGCUGCUGGUAUUGUUGGAGUGAGAGUUUGCUGCUAGUGGACGUCGCAGCCUUGUACAUCUCAUGUUCAGAUUCUAGAUAGUAAAAAGGACAUGUAUUUGUAGAGGUAAAGUCGUUGCUUCUUCUUGAGCAACGUCGUGAUCCAUUAAAUAUUGCAUAAUAGUCUGCUCAUUUGUUUGAGUAGAUAUUUUUGUCCGUACUUGCCUAUGAAGGAAUAAUUGAAGUUAUGAAGAUUACUCCGAGUGUUUUUAAA